AUGCCGGAGAGCAAUCAAUCACAAGCAGACACAUACACGCCAGUGCACCUCUGGGCUGCACGUGAACGUGACAUGCACACGUACGGAUGUAGCGGAAUUGCAGCGGAACUCACGCAUGAUCGAAGUGGAUAUCGGCAGUUCCAGACAAAUGCCACGCACUCGAACAUGCCGUUUAAAUUCAUUUUGGAAGACGGAAAAAUAAGAAUAAUAGGAUAG